GAAGUCUCGUGUGAUAAAGAUCACAACACAGGAGGAGACACUCAGGGGUAAAAGACCAGAAGGAAGCACCAGCAGCUCAGAUCUGGGCAGCCUUCCUGGAGAGAUGUUCCUCCUCUUGCUCCUAGUGGCCCUUCUUCCAUCCCCCCCUGGGGAGGCAGGGAAAAUCAUUGGAGGCCAUGAAGUCACACCUCAUUCUCGUCCCUACAUGGCAUAUUUUGAGUUCAAGACUUCAGGGAGGACAUCAGUCUGUGGGGGUUUCCUUGUGAGCACAAACUUUGUUCUGACAGCAGCCCAUUGUUGGGGAAGCUCAAUCAAACUCACCCUGGGAGGCCACAACAUCCGAAAGAAGGAGGAGACUCAGCAGGUGAUCCCGGUGAAAAAUGCCAUCUGCCACCCAGACUAUGAUAAUGAAAGCUAUGCCAACGACAUCAUGUUACUGCAGCUGAUGUGGGCGGCCAAGCUGGGUCCUGCUGUGGGAGUACUUAAGCUGCCCAGGUACAGGGAACUGGUGAUGCCAGGGACAGUUUGCAGCGUGGCUGGCUGGGGCCGCCUCAGCGUCAACAGCCCCCUUGCAACAACACUACGGGAGACAGACGUUCAAGUCCAAAGGGAUGAGCAAUGCAGUGGCCGCUUCAAGUAUAACUCCACUACCCAGAUAUGUGCCGGGAGCCCAAUAAAGAUGAAUAAUUCUUUUUUGGGUGACUCUGGGGGUCCCCUUGUGUGCCAAGGUGUGGCCCAGGGCAUUGUCUCCUUUGGAAAAAAGGAUGGAAGUCCUCCAAAUGUCUACACCAAAAUUUCGAGCUUUCUGCCCUGGAUAAAAAAAACAAUGAGAAACCAUACACAGCAGGGGCCAGACUGAGGUGCCCCCAGGAUGGGUCCUUCUGUCUUCUCUGGGGCAGAGGCCAGAAUGGCACUGGGCAAGGGCGGUGGGGGGCCUGACUCAGACUUAAUAAACUUUCAUCUCUGGAGCAGAAA